CUCUCCAACAGGGGACGACCCUUCCUCCCUUUUCCCCCAGGCCCGUUCCCUGUUGGUAACCCGGGCCCACCUCUAUGACUUCCCUUUCCCUUCCCCAUCACGCACACCUCAUCCCUCCCUUUCCAACUCUCUCCAUCCCUCUCCCUUCCAGCCAACCCUCGGAAGCUGCCCACCCAGCCAGACGAUCAGCCGGCAUCAGCAAUGUUCUAGCCAGCGGGCCCCGUCUUACUCCUCAAGAUCUCACACUGUUAACUCUGCAUUUUGGCGUUUUGCAAUCCCACGAUACCUUCGUUCGACCCCUUCAUAGUUACACCGCGCAGCAUCCAUCCAUCCCAAAUUGAACGAAGCAACCCACGCCAUUCGCCAAACACGACGAACACGACAGCCUCUUUCUCUUGCCCGCAGGCCCCGACGACGCAACCACGCUUGGCGUUCCUCCAUCGAUCUCUCGCAACUGCCAUAGCGACCGUUCUCAAGAUAUAACACCUUGUCGUCUUCAUUCUGAGGCAUUCCAUCCCAUCGUAAACGCCGACCCCCUCGGACAUAACUGGGCUUGACGACCAAGAGAUCAUGGUCCCUUCACACAACUCGCUGAAGCGCACGCUUCUCCUGUCCACUUUCGCCGCCCUCUCCCUUUUCUCCGCCACGGGUCUCGCGCAGGACAAUACCAAUGGAGGAGAUGCUCAAACGAGUGCUCGGCAGUCGUCGCAGGCGGCCUCCACGAACGCGGCCUCUACAAACCAGCAAGAGUCCAGCACUACGGCCGAGCCUACCCGCACAACUCAGCCGACCGCCGUCAUUACAAACACUGGUGCCGUUGCAACCACGGAGGAGAGCAUCAGCGCUCCUAGGAUCACCGGCGGCUCCCAGACAGACGGCGAAAUCCUUACUGGCCUCCCGUCCCUCACUAACGCACCACUCGUGACAACCUACCCACCGCCAACCGUCCCUCCCACCAACAAUGCCCCAUACAUGCACCGGUCCACCGCCCCUCAGGGAACCGUCUUCAUUGCUGUCGGCGCCAUCCUCGGCGCUUUUGGCCUCGGCAUCCUCAUCUGGCGCGGCAUCGUCGCCUGCCUGUUGCACCGCUCCGUCGCCCGGGCUGCCAACGCUCAGCAUGCUGUCAAUGACAAGGCGAGCUUCCCCGCCCCUCCGGCACAGUUCUACAAGUACACCGAUCGCGAGUCUACUCCUUCUCUGGUCCCCAAUGGCGGACGCGGCGUGCGUAGGACGCAGCGCGGACCUAUUCCCUCUGCGACCCCGAGCCAGUCGAACCUGUUCUUCUCACCAACUGCAGCAGGCGGUGGUAGCAACAACAACUCGACCAACAACCGCGACUCACGCUUCCUGCCUUCUGGUUUCUACGCCGCUGCUACAUCGUCUCCCGGCCCCGCUCACGGUCACUCAAUAAGCUUGACGAACCUCCGCCCAGACUCCCGAGGCCAGUAUGGAAGCCGCAAUACGUUGAGGGAGUCUACGCCUCCUGAUUCGCCUUCGUUUGGCGCGAGGCGUGACUUUAGCACUAGCUCCGUCAACCUGUCCGCGGCGCCUGGAAACGGCCAAAGAGCACCGAGCGCCUACCUCGAGGACCUCUUGGACGAAAACCCUCACGCCUUCCCGCCAAACACGAUGCGUCCUGGUUCACGCAACGCUAACAACUCCCCUGGCGGCCGGUUCUAGAGGAUGUUUCCUCUUUGGUUUCUCUCCGCAUACCACCUGCAUCGUAACAGUUUUCCUAACGUCAUGAAGAAAAAAUGGCGAAACGUCACGGCUUGGGGAAUUUCUUUUUGAAUGACACAUUCACGGCGUCAGGGGAGUAUGAUUACAUUGCAUCGCUGGUUUGGAAUACUUUGUUUUAAUUUCCUUGUCCAACGCGCAAGGCCGGCCACCUGUUGCAGCACCGGGCCUCAGCAAUUUUGAGAUCGAAUACCGUCUCGUCACACGAAAAGAAAGCCGGCAACUCCGCGGAGGCUUGCCGCUCGAGGGCAGUGUCCUCGUCGUAUUUCCUUCUCCUGUAUCACACAGGCACGCGACGGAGCAUUUUAGACUGGGAGGCGCGGGUGGCGAUGGUUUGCCAUUGGCAUUUCUUUCUUUGCUUCUCUAUCGCUCGCUGGUACAUAUUCUUCAAUGAGCAAGAUUAAUUCCACAUUCGUUUCCC